AUGAGUUUGGCUGACUCAAUAAGAUCUAAAGAACUGGAGGAAGUCAAGGGAUUUGUUAAUGCUUAGAAGUAUUGGGAAGAUGAGUCAGCAAUAUAUCAAUAAUGCGACAUAUUCAUCCCAGCUGCUUUCGAGAAGACAGUUAAUGCUAAUAAUGCUGACAAAUUCAAUUGUAAGAUCAUAGCUGAAGGUGCCAAUGGACCUACUACUAUGGCUGCAGAAGACAAAUUGUUAGCAAAGGGUGUGAUAUUUUUACCAGACAUUUUGCUUAAUGCUGGUGGUGUUACAGUUAGUUAUCUUGAAUGGUUAAAGAACUUAAAGCACAUCAAUCCAGGAAGAAUGACAAGAAGAUGGGAAGAGUAAGCUAAACAUAGAAUUCUUGAAGUCAUUAAAAUGAGCACAGGUCUCAAUAUCAAUAUUAAGGACAGUAAGCUUGCUAAAAAGAUGUUGGAGGGUCCAUCUGAAACUGAUUUAGUGCAUACAGCAUUGGAGUAAUCCAUGAUAGAGGCAGUCAAAAAUAUUAUGGCUACAUCUCAAGAAUACAAAGUCAAUUUAAGAUUGGCAGCUUAUAUUAGUGCAAUUAAUAAGUUAAAUGAACAUUUUGAAAUUUCAGGAGUUGAAGCAUGAUUGUUUUAUAUACACAAAUAUAUUCAUUAAAAUAAGUCAGAAUAAAA